AUGACUCGGCCCGGCGUAGCUCUGGUGCGGAAACUGACGGCUAUCACCCACGGCUGCAGCUUCCAGCCGCGAGAAAAUGUCUGUCUCGUGCUGGGGGGCACAGGGCUGCUGGGAAAGGCGCUGAAGUCCACGGUGGAGGAGCUCGAGGCGCAGGCCGGCGAUCUCGACGGCUACGACUUUGUCUUCGUCGGAUCUAAAGAUGCGGACUUGAGAGUUUGGCAGGAAACGCAGCUGCUCUUUCACCGGUAUCAGCCCAGUGCCAUAAUUCACCUUGCAGCCAAAGUCGGGGGGCUGUAUGACAACAUGCAGAACAAUGAAGCGUUUCUCCGUGAGAAUGUGCUGAUCAACACACAUGUAGUUCGCGCUGCAUUUGAGGCACAGGUGACCCGCGCCAUUUUCUGCCUUUCCACUUGUGCCUACCCCGAACAUGUCCCAUCGUUGCCUCUAGUAGAGGAAUACCUGCACUUGGCGCCUUCUCAUCCAUCAAACGAGGGAUAUGCAGCAGCUAAGCGUUUGCUUGAGCAGCAGGUUCGUUUUAGCCGCCAACAGCUGCAGGCAGAAAACCCAGGGCACACUUUCUCGUGGAUAUGCGUCUUGCCCUGCAAUCUCUACGGGCCCCACGACAACUUUGAGCUAAACAGAGCUCACGUAUUGCCCGCCCUUGUGCAUAAAGUCGAGAUCGCCAAGCGUGAUGGCACUGCAUUCACUGUCCGCGGCAAAGGAGGGGCUUUGAGGCAGUUUCUAUUCAGCGACGACGCAGCACGACUCCUGCUGCUCUUGCUUGUUAAACGAGAUAUUCCCGAGACGCAUUCUUUGCUAAACAUGUGCCCUGACUUGCAAGACAGUGAAAUAUCAAUAAAGGACCUCGCGCUGCUGAUUAAGCGCUGCGCGGGAUUUGAUGGGCCAAUACAGUUUGACGAGUUAGCCCCCGAAGGGGUCUAUAGAAAGCCUGCGGACAACUCGAAAUUAAGAGCUGUGAUCGGCCAAGAAUUCAUCUUCACGCCACUAGAGGACGGCGUGCAGAAGACUGUGGACUGGUUCUCGGAGAACAUGGCACAGGCGCGAACAUGA